CCUUUUUUCACAAUUCCAGCUUUCAGCCUUUUCUUCAGCUUCAGCUUCAGCCAAGCCUCCUCAUUCGCCAGCCUUCGCUCACUUCCCACCAAACAACGAUCAUAAUGACUACUACAGUUUCUCGAGCCCCCUUCAGCAACAUCUCCAACAAAGAAAAUGAGGCACCAACCACAGUACCAACGAAGAAAAGCCGUCAACCUUUGGCUCCACUGCCAGUAGAAGAGCCUAUCCUUGAAGAACAGAUGGAAGUAGUAGAGGAAGAUGCUGCAGAUCGAAGACUAAAAGAGCUUGAGAAACAGGAACCUCUGCUUCAGGAGAACCCAAGAAGAUUCGUUCUAUUUCCCAUUCAGAAUCCAGAUAUCUGGCAGUUUUAUAAGAAAGCUGAGGCUUCUUUCUGGACAGUAGAAGAGGUCGACUUGUCUAAGGAUAUGACAGAUUGGAACAGAUUGAAGCCUGAGGAGCAGCACUUCAUCAAGCAUGUGUUGGCUUUCUUUGCUGCCAGUGAUGGCAUAGUCAAUGAGAAUCUGGUGGAGCGGUUCAGUUCUGAGGUGCAGGUCACCGAGGCUAGGUGCUUCUAUGGAUUCCAGAUUGCCAUCGAGAACAUUCAUUCGGAGAUGUACAGUCUGCUCAUUGACACAUAUAUCAGAGAGCCAGCAGAGAGAGAGUAUUUAUUCAAUGCUAUUGAGACAAUGCCCUGUGUGAAGCAGAAGGCUGAUUGGGCACUCAAGUGGAUUGCAUCCGAAACUGCAUCUUUCGCUGAGCGAAUUGUUGCUUUUGCUGCUGUCGAGGGAAUCUUCUUUUCCGGUUCUUUUGCUGCCGUCUUCUGGCUGAAGAAAAGGGGAUUGAUGCCUGGUCUGACGUUCUCUAAUGAGCUGAUCAGUCGCGAUGAAGGGUUGCACUGUGAUUUUGCCUGUCUGCUCUUCUCCAAGCUCCAGCACAAGCCCUCCUCAGAGAGAGUGAAGGCCAUCAUCACUGAUGCUGUCUCCAUUGAGCAAGAUUUCCUAACGAGGGCUCUACCUGUGAGCGUGAUUGGCAUGAACUGUGAGCUGAUGAAGCGCUAUAUUGAGUUCGUUGCUGACAGGUUGCUUGUGGCUAUGCAGCAGACAAAGGUUUAUAACGUUGAGAAUCCCUUUGACUUCAUGGAGAACAUUUCACUGGAGGGAAAGACUAACUUCUUUGAGAAGCGAGUGGGAGAAUAUCAAAAGAGUGGAGUCAUGUCUGACAAAGCAGAGCACGUCUUCACACUCGACGCAGACUUUUGAACACAACACAUCAUAAUAUAUACAUGUUUUUAUCUAUGGUAUGCCCUGCAUCACCUGUUAUACAGUGCUAAUUAAUCAAUGUUGCCUUGGUGCCUGUCAGAAA